GUCUGACAGUCUGAGGGUCUGAGGGGGGUUAGAGCGUCAUGUCGGACUCUGAGGAGGACAGUCAGGACCGGCAGCUCAAGAUCGUUGUUGUUGGAGACGGAGCAUGUGGAAAGACGUCGCUCGCCACCCGCUUCGCUCAGGAGGCCUUCGGGAAGCAGUACAAACAAACCAUCGGCCUGGAUUUCUUUCUGAAGAGAAUAAGUCUUCCAGGAAAUAUGAACGUCACCCUGCAGGUGUGGGACAUCGGAGGACAAACAUUAGGAGGGAAAAUGCUGGAUAAAUAUGUGUAUGGAGCUCAUGGCGUCCUCCUGGUUUAUGACAUCACAAAUUAUCAGAGCUUUGAGAACCUGGAAGACUGGUUCAGCAUGGUGAAGAAGGCCAACGAGGAGUCUGACAUCCAGCCUGUGGUCUCCCUCAUCGGGAAUAAAAUCGACCUGGAGCACAUGAGGACGGUGAAGAACGACAAACACCAACGUUUCUGCCAAGAGAACGGCCUCAUCAGUCAGUUUGUAUCGGCCAAGUCGGGGGACUCGGUGUUCCUUUGUUUCCAGAGAGUGGCGGCUGAAAUUCUGGGAGUGAAGCUGAACAAAGCAGAAAUCGAGCAGUCCCAGAGGAUUGUGAAGGCUGAGCUGGUGGACUACCCGCAGGACGAAGGCCCCAUUAGACCAGAAAACAACCAGCAGAGCAAAAUCUGUUGUGUUCAGUAGUGUGAAGUAUGUGACAGUCACACUGUUUCAGUAGUGGUAGAUCUUAGAGAGCUGAUUGGUCGUGGUAGACUCUACUGUCAUGGUGGACGUGUUUGGUCUCUGUGGUAGAGGACGUAGAGACGCCAUUACUGAACUGUGGGAAACAACCUUCAUGAUGGUAAUGAGCCCAGUGUUCCACCUGUGUUCCUCCUGUGUUCCACCUGUGUUCCUCCUGUGUUCCACCUGUGUUCCACCUG